GUGUGUUGUUUUCACAAUGCUCAAGUGAAAAGAGGAUUCAAAUGUCAGCAUUUUAUUUUAGUUUAUUUCAAAAGGUAGAGAUAAUUUUUUGUAUUAUCUGCGCAUGUAGCAGAAGAUAAGAAAAAGCUGCACAGUGGGCUGUGCCCCAUUUCAUAUCAUCAGAGUGAAGCAUGCAUCUCCCGGAGCAAAGUCAUCUACUAUGGCUCCUAAAUACGCCCCAAGUUUGCGCUCUCGUUUGGCUCCUUUUUUGCUUUCCUUACAAAUAGGUUUUGUAGUUGUGUGUUACUUCUACGUUGAGAUUGAAAGCAAUGUGAAUGGGAUUAAAUUCAGCAAUUUAUAUCCAGUGUUCCAGGAUGUGAAUGUGAUGGUCUUCUUGGGUUUUGGCUUCUUGAGCACCUUUUUAGUACGCUAUGGGUUCAGCGGCUCAGGGUUCAACCUACUUAUAGCUGUCAUUGGCACCCAGUGGGCACUCCUACUCAAUGGCUUUGAGUCCUGGUAUUAUAGAGGGAAGAUUCGGAUUGACCUGAAUAGCUUGGUGGUUGCCGAGAUGUGCACAGCCUCGGUUCUCAUCUCAAUUGGUGCUGUGCAAGGAAAAACAAAUCCUGUCCACUUAAUUCUCAUGGUACUGCUGGAGGUAUUUGGCUUUGUCCUGAAUGAGUGGCUCCUGCAGACUUUGCUACCGGUACGGCAGUUGAACUUCAUUAUGGUGCUUCACAUCUUUGGAGCUUUCUUUGGUCUUGUGCUGACAUGGAUCCUCUAUCGGAAAGAAUCAUUUCAGGGAUUCGAGAAGGAAAAACUUGACCGCAAAACAGAAUUGUUCUCCAUGUUAGGUACUGUGUUUCUCUGGAUGUUUUGGCCCAGUUUUAACUCCAUCCUCACGGAAGAGAGGUUGUCGGCAGUGUGCAGCACCUACCUGGCCCUGGCUGUCAGUGCUGUAGCAUCUGUUGCGAUAUCUGCGCUCUUCAGUCCAAAGGGAAAAGUCAAUCCAGCCCAUUUUCAGUCAUGCAUUCUUGCUGGGGGUGUCGCUGUUGGGGUUUCCAUGCCAGCGAUACGUUACCCGUGGGAGGCCAUGACAACUGCACUGGCCGCAGCUGCUGUGUCAACCGUUGGAUUCCAAUACCUCAAGAACCACAUGUUGUUUGCUUUCGAGUGCCAUGACACCUGCAGUGUUCUGAGCACACACGGACUCCCUGGUCUACUGGGAUGGCUGAUACAGCUCCUCCUGCAGAUCCAACAGUGUGAUGAUCACACAAUGGCGAUCCGGUUCGCCGUAUUUCACAUUUAUGCCCUCCUCAUCACCCUAGCUACAAGCCUGACCAUGGGAUUCCUAACAGGAGUACUACUAAAGUGGGACAUCUGGAGACCACCCCAAGAUAAAAAAUGUUUUGAUGAUCAAGCUUUCUGGAAGUUUGAGCAUCUUGCAGUUCGCAAAUAAUCUGAGGAGUCUGACCCUGGAGGUGUAGACAAGCUUCACACAAGACAAAUGCAAAACAUAUCCUGCUCAGAAUGAUUGUUUAAUUAUACCAUGGAAGCCAAAAACUGGCCCCAUUUCACAAAAGUAAGAAAUGGAUGCACAUAGUAAGUAAAUCUACCGGACAGUUGUGAAAAAAUGUUGACCUCAAUUAAGCUUGGCAAAACCAUAAUUACUUUACAAUAAAUCUGCAUGACGA